CUCCAGUGUAAACCGUUCAUUUGUAUUGGAGAAACAGAAACAGAAGAGCUCGCAGAAGAAGAAGAAGAAGAAGAAGGAUAAUGGGAGAAGUGGAGGAGAAAGCCGUAUUGGAGAAGGUGGGAAACGUCGUCGCCUCAAUCAACGGCUCCAAACACGUCGACCAAGUCAUCUCCGCCGUCUAUUCUCUCGCCGCCCUUCUCUUCCCCCUCGAGACUCUGUCUUUCAUAGGUAGCAUCAGUGAAAAAUACAGGGAUGAGGUGCGCAGCGCGGAGGCACUAAGUGAAAAUCAGAGAAAAGAAUGGUGGAAGGUUUUUUACAAAGGAGCUGCAUUUCCAGCUCUUGCUCGAGUUUUACUAUAUGAUGUUGCUUCUGAUUGGCUGGUUUGUUUUCCCAUUUCCGCAAGGAAAAAUGUAUACGAUGUGUUUUUUGUCAAGGGCCGUAUGACUGAGGUUGUUCAAGCUAUGGUUCCUUGUCUGCAGAACAGAGGAAGCACUAGGUAUGACACUAGUGCUGUUUAUUCAAAUGCUGAAAGAUUACUUGUACUUUGCUUGGUUGAAAAUGAUGGUGCUUUUCAAAUGGUUAAAGAAUUUAAUUUUCAAUGCGAAAGUGAGGAGCUUACUGGUGACAAGCUCAAGCAGGCUAUUUCCAUGUUGGCACAACUUGUUACUUCUAUUCCUGAUAAGGCUCGACCCGGAAUCUCUAGUGCUCUUUCAUCACAUUUGUUUUUCAAGAGUAUUACUACCCAACUCCUCUCUGGAGCAGAAGAAUGGGACAAGAAUCUACCUGAUGGAGUGGACAGCUGCAAUAAAAUUUAUACACAUGAUACAAUUGUCUUUAUUGGAGAAAUAGUUGCUCGAAUUUGUCGGAGAGGAUCAGCUGAUGUGCUGCUAAGUGAACUGAUCCCCCGAGUCCUCUGUCAAGCUCGCAAUUUUUUGUCUGGAACUGCUAAUGUGUCUGUUAACAAGACAUUUGAGUUAAAACCCGGUCUAAGAUUUUGGUCAAGAGUGAUAGAGGAGAUUAAAGAUUCUUAUGCCGUGGAAAGAUUGUCUGAGCAGCUCUUGCAUCAACUAGCAGCUCAAAAUACAAAUGAUAUUGAAGCUUACUGGAUUUUGUGGAUCCUGUUUCAUCGUAGUUAUGAGAACCAACCUUUGAUUAGGUCUAUGUUUGUUGACAAAUUUUUGCUCUGGAAAGUAUUUCCUAUCUGUUGCCUGAGAUGGAUUCUUCACUUUGCUAUUCUUGAAUGUUCCCCUGAUAAUACUUUGCUGACAAAAGCUUAUCAUGCUCAUCGCCUAGUGGAGACAAUGCAGCGUCUUGUUUCAGUGUGGUCCAAACGAGAGUUUGUGCAAUCAUCUAGGCUUGAGCAACAAGCUUAUGUAACUGCAGCUUUGGGCCUCUGCCUGGAGAAGAUGUCAAAGGAAGAUUUAGAUGCAACAAAGGAUGCUAUCCACUCAAUUCUUCAAGGAGUUAGCUGUAGGCUGGAAAGCCCUGAUCAUUUGGUCCGCAAAAUGGCCAGUAGCGUUGCUUUAGUAUUUUCUAAAGUUGUUGACCCCCAAAAUCCUUUAUAUCUGGAUGAUAACUGCCAUGAUGAGACCAUUGAUUGGGAGUUUAAGCCAACAAUGUCAGAUAGAAGUUCAGUGGCUAAAUCACAUCACAAGGAUGAAGAAGCUGACAAAGUUAAAGGUUUAGACAUGGCAAAGGAAGCCAACGGUGUCGAUGAUGCUGAUAUGGGAAAGAAAGUCAAAGGCAGGAAACAGAAGCUGUUGGAAUUUAAAUUAGUUGAUCCGGAUGAGGUUAUUGAUCCAGCUGCAUUAAAUGGCGAGUUAAUCUCUGAUGGAGAGGGUGAUGAUUUUGGAAGUGAGGAUUCUGAUUCCUUGAGCGACACAUCUUUAGAGCCAUAUGAUUUAACAGAUGAUGAUGCGGAUUUGAAAAGAAAAUUCUCGCAGUUGGUUGAUGUGGUUGGGGCAUUAAGGAAAUCUGAUGAUGUUGAUGGGGUCGAAGGAGCACUUAAUGUUGCUGAGAAGCUUGUUCGAGCAUCACCUGAUGAACUUAAAUAUGUAGCUAGUGACCUGGCUAGAACUCUGGUUCAGGUUCGUUGUUCUGAUUUCACAGCCGAAGGAGAAGAAGAAUCAGCUGAAGAGAAGAGGCAAAAAGCAUUAGUUGCACUGAUUGUGACCUGUCCACUCGAAUCUCUUGAGGCUCUACACACCUUGCUAUACUCAGCUACAGUAGAUGUCAGCCAACGAAUUAUGAUUCUUGAUGUAAUGACUGGUGCAGCACAAGAGCUAGCGAGUAUGAAAUUUUUAAAACCAGAAUAUCAGCCAAGGAACCUCAUAUCAUCUGUCUCAGAUAAGCCAUGGUUCAUCCCAAGAAACAUUGGUCCUCCAGGGGCGAGUUCUUGGAAGGAAAUAUCAACACCUGGAACUCCAUUGAAUUGGUCAUAUUCAUAUGAGAGAGAACUUCCUCCUAGACCGGGUCAGAUCCAGAGAGGAAAAACACGUCGAUGGAGCCUUCAGUCAUCUGUAAAUGAAAACCAGUUAGAACAGUCACAGAAUCAGUUCCCCCAGUAUGCAGCAGCAUUUAUGCUGCCAGCCAUGUUAGGAUUUGAUAAGAAAAGGCAUGGUGUUGAUUUACUUGGUAGGGAUUUUAUUGUCCUGGGUAAACUAAUAUUCAUGCUUGGAGUUUGUAUAAAAUCUGCAGCCAUGCAUCCAGAAGCAUCUGUUUUGGCAUCCCCUCUUCUGGAUAUGUUAAGAGUCAGGGAGAUAUCUCAUCAUAUUGAACCAUACGUCAGAAGAUCUGUACUUUUUGCGGCUUCAUGUAUAUUGGUGGCCAUCCAUCCCACUCAUGUUGCAUCAGCAUUAAUGGCUGGAAAUACUGAAAUUCCUAGAGGACUCGAAUGGAUUCGCACAUGGGCUCAUGAUAUAGCUGAAUCAGACACAGACAGAGAGUGUUACAUGCUGGCCAUGACAUGCUUGCAGCUUCACUCCGAGAUGGCUUUGCAAACUUCUCGAGCGCUAGAGUCUACAGAAGGCACAUUUGGAACUGAAACUCUUGGUCUUCCAUCAGCUCUGGCUAGCGGAAUGAUUAAAAUCCCUCGUGUAUAGCUAACAUCAACCUCUAGUUCUUUUAGGAUUUUUUUUUGGCAAUUCUUUUUUGUAAAUUCUGCAUGCUGCUAGUACUUUUUCUACAUCACACUCUUUUUUUUC